UGUUAUGGAAAUUCUCACGAGGAUCGUCUUUCUUAAUUUAUAUUUCUUACGGCUUUUGUAGUGCUUACAAUCUUGGUAAUUUAUUCAAUUAGGUUCUGACCAAAAAAAUUWAAAAAAUGCCAUCGGGUCAACCCUUACCGCCUAAAGAAAAUUCCUUAUUUAAAAGAAUUCUAAGAUGCUACGAACAGAAGCAAUAUAAAAAUGGACUUAAAUUUGCAAAACAGAUUUUGUCGCAUCCUAAGUUUUCUGAACAUGGAGAAACUUUGGCAAUGAAAGGACUUACUUUAAAUUUUCUUGGCCGAAAAGAUGAAGCAUAUGAACAUGUUCGACGUGGUCUUCGUAAUGAUCUCACUUCACAUGUUUGCUGGCAUGUUUAUGGUCUAUUACAAAGAUCAGAUAAGAAGUAUGAUGAAGCUAUUAAAUGUUAUAGAAAUGCACUGAAAUGGGAAAAAGACAAUAUUCAAAUUUUACGAGAUUUAUCACUGCUACAAAUUCAAAUGAGGGAUUUGGAAGGAUAUCGAGACACRAGAUAUCAAUUGUUCAUGCUACGGCCAACUCAAAGAGCAUCGUGGAUAGGUUAUGCAAUGGCAUAUCAUCUAUUAAACGAUUAUGAUAUGGCUUUGAAAAUUUUGGAAACUUUUAGGAAAACACAAAUGGUUUCUGUAAGUUAUUAUUUUUAUUAUUCAUACUUAAAUUAGACAUAAUAAUUAUAGAUGUUUAAGUCUUAUUACUUUUGUAUAUAAUCCCUUUAAUUUUAAAUUAGCCCCUCUUWUUUUUUACAUUACAACAUAUAUCAAUUAUCUGAUUYCGUCAAAUUGUAUAAUUCAAUUUAUGUGGGUCGUAAGCCAAAUUGGUAUAUAUACUAAGUGUAACAGAAAGAUCCGAAAAAAAAUCAUGUUAAUNNACCUUACUAUUUAAUGAUUAAAGAAGCUAAGCAAUUGCAUAAUGAUGAAUGUGUUUAUAACAUGUUAUGCGGUUAUCGAAAAAAGUUUCCCAAAGCAUUGGCUCCUAAACGAUUGUGUUUAACUUUUGCAACAGGAAAUGCAUUUCAAAGUGAAGUUGAUUCAUAUUUAAGAGCUGGUUUCCAUAAAGGUGUUCCACCAUUAUUUGUAGAUUUACGGUCGCUAUAUAAGGAUAAACAUAAAGUACAAAUAAUAGAAAGCCUAUUGGAGAUGUAUGUAAAUAAUUUGACAAAGUUUAGUUCAUUUGAUAGUGAAGAUACUUCCUGUAAAGAACCUGCUUCUGCAUUGCUGUGGGUCUAUCACUAUUUGGCUCAACAUUAUGAUUACCUUAAUGAUAUACAAAAGGCAUUAACAUACAUUGAUAUGGCUAUUGCACACACACCAACUUUAAUUGAACUAUUUGUCACCAAAGGAAGAAUAUUUAAACAUGCUGGUGAUGCAUAUGAGGCAUAUAAAUGGCUGGAUGAAGCACAAGGCUUGGACACAGCUGAUAGAUAUAUUAAUUCUAAAUGUGCUAAAUACAUGUUGCGUGCAAAUCUUAUUAAAGAAGCAGAAGACACAUGCUCUAAGUUUACAAGGACAGAGACAGCAUAUCCAGGUGUGCAUCCUUUUUAG